GAUUGUUGAGUAAUAUAACAUCUCUAGAGCUGGUUAGUCGAAUAUCGAUAAGGGCAAACCCGAUGUACAUCGAUAGCCUCGACUGUGAAAGCUACGUGGACAUAAUUUCUUUUUGAGAAAACCGGCGAAGUGACAAGUUGUCUACGGGAAUUUAAGAAACAAAAUUUACUUUUGAUUUGCUAGCGGAGUUGUUGGCCUGCAUUAAACAGUUGACCGAAUUAUAAAGCUUAAUCUGGUACCAUGGAUGACAGCAGCGAGCUCUCCGCCUACACCGACUCGGAGAUGGAGAGACCCUAUUUGACUCGCGAAGUCACCAAAACCUUGAGGGUGGAGCUCCAGCGGCGCCUCCAGGAGUGCGGCUGGCGCAAAAAAAUCCGCGACAUGAUACGCGCCCUGCUCGACGAUCGCGGCGUGAACAAAGUCAGCUACGAGGACAUCGCCGCUGAGAUAGUGCCGAAGGCACGUAUGCUGGUGCCCAGUCGCGUACUCCGCGAUAUGCACGAAGCCAUGCGCUCCCUCAUGGAACCCAAGGCCAAAUAGAAGGCGCAGAACUUUUGGAGCAAUCAAAUACAAAAUUUUCUGUUUUUACCAUGAAGACAAUUAAAGCGUUGUUGCGUUGUUUGCUCAGUUUCGACUCCUGUCAAAGAGUCGCCUGAAAAUAAAGGAACUCAGUCAAAACUAAACUCAGUCUGCUUCAGUCUCUUCUCGAAAUCACUUCGAAUUGAUUGUAUACGAAUUUUUUCAGAAUUUACUAUUAUUUUUAUUUCAUUUCUUUUUUUUUAACUUUUCGAAAUAAUGGAAUCCAGCAGCAGCAAGAAUUUAGUGCAUAGGGAAGAGCCGCUAACCACCCGCUUGAAGAGGGAUCCGAACUAUUACCUAAAGCAAAUGGUGGCCAAGCGUCUGCGAGACUGCGGCUUUUACGAUGAGGUGGGAGCUAUGGCGCGCGACGCCGUGGAAGAGCUGGGCAUGAAGCCCUCAUCCUAUAGGGAGAUGUGCAAGCUGCUAAUACCCAAGGCCAGGCUCCUGGUGCCCCCGGGCGUGCGCAAGGAGCUCGAAUCAAAUGUGCGCGCCUCACUCAAGGCCAAGCGCUAACUGCUGACUGAAGCACUUGAAUACCCACCGAGCACCGACCCCGACGACGAAUGUUAUUGAAAUUGUCUAUAUAAAAUGGCUAUUGGUUGAUUAAAUGCAAUUAUUUGAAUUGAA